GCUGGGCAGCCAGAUCUUAAGAGCAGCCCUCUUUUGGGGCAGCUUCCGACGGAGAGACGGCUAUAGGGAAGACCAGGUUGGUGAAGGAAGCAUGGCUGGCUCGUACGGCUGCUGGCGUGACCUAGAGGUCGGUGGGCCCGCGGUCUGGCUCGGCGUAGAAAUUGAAGCUCACGUUGACGCGUCGUCUCGACGCCGUCGACGCGGCCGCAUGCACCGAGGCAGUUACGCGACGGCGUCAUUCCGCGCAGGCUCCCUUGGAGUUCAAAGGGGCUUCUGCCGCGUUCGUCGGGACCCGGUGUUUCAUCUUCGGGGGCUACGGCGGCGGCUUCUCGGACGAGACUCAUUGUCUAGAAUGCGCCGAGCCGCUGGCGCCCGAGUGGAGCGUCUUGCAGGAGACCAGCGACGAAAAGCCGCCGCGGCGCGCGCACCACACGACCUGGGCGCACGGCGGCGGCGUCUGGGUCUUCGGCGGAGCAUCUUCUCGAGGAUACUUGAACGACGUCUGGCGCCUCACUCUCGAGGGGGGGAAGCACCCAAGAGGACGAUGGCGCGAGUGCGCCUGCGUCGGCGAGAAGCCCGUCCCCCGCGAAGGGCACACAGGCGUCCAGAUCGGGACGUCUUUGGUCGUUGUUGGGGGAUACGACGGCGUCAGCUGGCGAAGUGAUAGCUAUGCUUUAAACCUUGAUACGCUGGUCUGGUGGCGCGUCGUGGACCAGGGCGCGCCGAACGCCAUGAUGGGGCGGAGCGGCGGGGCGCGGUGUGGAAAUCGACCAGUGAGUGCGCGACGCGACUAAAUCUUGAUCUCGCAGGCCACGCCGCGACGAAGGCGCCCGGCGAGUGGGACGCCAUUUUCAUCUUCGGGGGCUACGGGGCGGACGGUUGCAUUCCUUCGCACUCUUUCGUGGCGUGCCUGGAAGUGGACGAGCACCGCGGGACGGGAUCCUGGAUCCCUACGAAACCGCAGGGCGUCACGCCGUCGGAUCGCUACGGGCUCUCGGCCGUCACGAACGGGCACGGUAUUUACAUCUUCGGUGGCACCGGGCCCGCGGAAGACACGCGCGCCGCGGCGGCUCCGGAUCGGGGAGCCGUGUGCCACAACGACUGUGCCAUCCUCAGCCUGCAACAACCGCAUCGCCCCGUCUGGCGUCGAGAUCGCCACGGCCACGGCUUCCCGGGCGAGCCCCCCUUGCCGCGCCACGGCCACGCGAGUGCGAUCAAGGGCAGGGACGUCUUCAUCGUCGGCGGCUCGACGUCAGGCUCCUACUGCAAGAAGGACCCGGCGCCGCGUCUCCUGAACGACGUCCACCUCCUCACGCUCUCCGCGACGGCGAAGAGCUAGGCGCUCCUCCCCACGCG